CUUCACAAGAAAGUACAGUAAACAAACAAGACUCAACUCAUCAUCUCUCCCGAUCGAUCUCUCUCGGUAAACAAAACCCUAAUGGGCAAAACGAUGAUCAACCCUACCACCAUCACCGCCGUGCUCCUCCACCUACUCCUCAUCACCACCACAAUCACUGCCGCCCCAAUACUAGGCUUAGAUUCAUUCCUCUCCCAACAAUCUCGUUUUGACCCAAGAGCCACCAAUGAUUCCUUCAUCUCUCUCCCAUCCUCCAUCAAGAAAUCACUCUCUCUCUCCUCUCUCCACCCACCAUCUCUCUCCUCUCUUCUCUCUCUCAAACUCAACAUCCCCAUCUCAGUCAAGCUUGUGGGCCCCAAUUUCCCGUCUUCAUCCUCCAAUCUCCUCUCCUCUUUCAUCUCUGCUGCUGUUACUUCAGAUAAGUUUCAGAUCAUAGCUCCAUUUUCACAUCAAAAUCAUCAUCUCUCUAUAUCACAUUCAUUACAUAUAGAUAUAGCACAUUCACCUUCUUCAUUGUCUAGUCUUUUGUCAGAUGCCCUUAAAAACGAAAUCUUGAAAACCCCGGCUUCGUUAAGGUCUCAGUUGGUUUCGAUAGAUUAUAAGAUUGUCGAUGAUAUUGUGAAGAAAGAUUUCGAAAGACAGAAACCCCAUGAAGGGGUUUACAUAUAUUUGUUGAAUUUAGGUGCCCAGACGAAGACUUAUGCUUAUAAUUAUGGGUAUGGGGAGUCUUCGCCUGCGUUCACCAAGUGUUUGGGAAGUAUCUGGACAGGGAAAGAUAGGUACUUGUGGAUUGAUUUAGCUGCCGGACCUGUGGAUUAUGGUCCUGCUUUGUCCGGUGAUGGGGUUUUACCUAGAGGAGAGUUUCAUCCAUUGGCAGCUUUACAUGGAAGGCCCAAGUCACAGAAAGCAUUGUUGGCUGACUUGGCCUCGCUAGUUUCGAGUGCUUAUCAGGUACUUCUUGUGCCCUCUUUGAGAAUUCCUGUUCCGUUUGAGAAUACUUUACUUGUUCAGAUUGUUCAUAUACAUUCAAAUAAUAAGGAUAGUCAAGGGCUCGAUUUGAAGUUGAUUGAGAGUACUUUUAUGGAUGAGGUUCGUGAUGGUGGGUUGUUGUUAGGUGACCAGUCCUUGAAAUUUAAGAAUUAUGAUGUUAGUUUACACGAGUGUGCAAUUUGUGCUUUUGCUGUAUCACGGUCGACUACUGCUUAUACUUCUAGGUACUUGUUUGAUAAUUAUACUUUGAUUGUUAGUGAGUAUUUGGAUUCGAAGCGAUUGCACCAGAUUUUGUCUGAGUCGGCAGAAGAAAUGCAGAGGUUAGCAAAGCUUCCAUUUGAGGAUGAUAAUGGCAGGGUUCUUCCUGUAUAUGUUUUUGAUUUGGACCUGAGUAACAUUUUGUUGCUUGAUCGGUAUCAUCAGUCUGUUGCAUUUAAAGACAUGGUGAUUGCUGUUAGAACAAAGAACACCCAGACUGUGAGCGAUUAUAGUUGCAAUGGUCGUCAUGUGUUUACACAGACUCGAGAAUUAGAGAGACCGCUUGUUGGUUCAAUUUUGCAGAGUAUGUGGGGACUGUCACCUACACAUUUGUUGUGGAGCCCUAGGCACAAUGCGACUUUGGUAGACUAUACAUGGAGUGUUGGGCAGACACCAUUUGGGCCAUUUUCUGAGACCACUUCACUAUCUUUUGUACAGAAAGAUGCAGCUAGAAGGAAUGUUCUUCUCACUUCAUUAAAUUACAGCAUCACGAGUGCCAUUGAUGUUAUUGACUCGAUAGCUGCACACGGUGGUGAAAGAAAGCUUCUUAAACAGAAUCAACAUGCUGAGUUUAUACAGAGGUGGAACUUAUUCAGGUACAAGCUGGAUAAAGCAGUAUCUGCAUUAUCACAUUUUGACUUUGAGAUGGCCUUGUAUUUUGUAAAGUCUUCCGACCAUGAUCUCUAUUCUAUCCAUUCUCUGGUUUAUGGGGCUUCUCAAGAAGUGGAGGCUUCACUUGUUUGCUUCUCAGAUCCACCAAUUCCAUGGGCGUCUCUUGCUACUCCUGCAGUGAUAUGUUUUGUUCUCAUUUUUGCGUACACACAGAGGGAGAAAUUAUUCAGAAAUAAAAGGAAGCAGUUUUGAAGCUUAUGUACCAGAAGUUUGUAACUGUUGAAAUCACAUACCACCUGUAUUUUCUGUACGAGAGAAAAUCUCAAGGUCAGCAGCUAGCACUCAGAGAAAUUAGUAUAAACUAGCCUUCUCGACUUCUUGCUAAUAUGUUUUUAUUUGAUGUAAAGCUACUUUUGACUCCAAAACUUCCUCCGGUGAGCUCUCUUCUGAAAUGUCUAUUAUCUUGCUUUGUAACUAUGACAAGAUGUAGACUUCUAAAAGUAAACUUUUUUGAAUAUUGAUAUAUAAAACACGGUGCCAUCAA